AUGAGCCUCCGUAGACGCGCACGGGAAGAUGCAGAACGGCGACUGCAACUAACUACUACUCUGUUCCACCUCCUUGACCAGUGCCACGAAGAUCUGUCACGGGAGAUCCGAGUCGAGACAGAUGCGGCCUUGACAACCCAGGGCAACGUGACUGACCCUGUCAAUCGACUUGGACUGAGUUCCCUAAUCUCCAAGACCGAAUCUGGGAGAGACUCGAGCGUGCAGUUGACUUUACCUCACGCCCACUCUUUCCCUCCGAUACCCAAGACAACUCUGCGAAAUUUCAAGCGAGACAAAGUUGAUAACUUUGUUGGAGAGAUUAUCGAAGCCUUACAAGAUGAUGAAACUUCGCGACGGGAGUUUGGUAUAGAGGGUCGAGUCGCGUUCUACGACCGCACGAACUCAACCUUGCUGGAUGACAGCCUGGAACAGAUGCGUCUCAAUGACGCACCUGACGCGCCCCAUCAACCACCAAACACCAAUCGCCGGGAAGGCGGAAGAAAAAGAAGGGGGAAACAGGUGGCACAAAGUCAGAUGAUGGCACAUCCAGGAUGGCGACGCAAUCGCCGGGCCGAUCAGUUCUGUGUUCACCUCGUGGCUGACGAGCGCCAGAUACCAGUUUAUGUAGUGGAGUUCAAAGCACCUCAUGAAUUAAAGGUCGCUGAACUUGUUGUUGGCUUUCGUGAGAUGGACCUGGGGCGCGAUAUUAUCAAUCAGGAAGGGGACACAUUCGAGUGUCAUGCUACUACUCUUGCUGCUGUGUCUGCUUAG